UCCCGUCACCAGCGAUAGGUUAGCAGCCUAGUGCAGCCAGCCCUAUUUGAAGCUCGGGCGAGGUCGACAUAUACCCGCCUGCAGCCGGCCGGCCACGAAGAGUGUAGAGAGAGACUAGCUAGCUAGAUAGAUAGAGAGUGAGCCUUGAGGAGGUAGCAGCGAUGGCGGUGGCGAACCAGAGCUUGGCCGUGGAGGAUGGCACCGGCACCGGCGCCGGCGGGCAGGAGUACACGCAGGACGGGUCGGUGGACCUCCGCGGCAACCCCGUGCUCCGCUCCAAGAGGGGCGGCUGGACCGCCUGCACCUUCAUCGUAGUGUACGAGCUGUUCGAGCGGAUGGCCUACUACGGCAUCGCGGCGAACCUCUUCAUCUACCUCACGGACAAGAUGCACCAGGGCACGGUGGAGGCGUCCAACAACGUCACCAACUGGUCCGGCACCGUCUUCCUCACGCCCCUGCUCGGCGCCUACGUCGCCGACGCCUACCUCGGCCGCUACUGGACCUUCGUCGUCGGCUCCGCCAUCUACCUCAUGGGGAUGCUGCUGUUGACACUGUCCGUGUCGGUGGGAGCGCUGAAGCCGCCGGAGUGCGUCGGCAAAGUCUGCCCGCCGGCGUCGGCGCUGCAGGCGGGGGUCUACUUCGGCGGGCUGUACAUCAUCGCCCUGGGCAACGGCGGCACAAAGCCCAACAUCUCCACCAUCGGCGCCGACCAGUUCGACGACUUCGACGCCCGCGAGAAGUCCCACAAGCUCUCCUUCUUCAACUGGUGGAUGUUCACCAUCUUCGUCGGCAUCCUCUUCUCCUCCACCGUCCUCGUCUACCUCCAGGACAACGUCAGCUGGUCGGUCGGCUACGGCAUCCCCACGCUCGGCCUCAUCGCCUCCAUCGCCAUCUUCCUCGCCGGCACGCCCGUGUACCGCCACAAGCUGCCGCAGGGCAGCGCCUUCACGCGCAUGGGCAAGGUGGUCGGCGCCGCGCUCCGCAAGUGGCGCCUCCCCGUGCCGGCCGACGCCAAGGAGCUGCACGAGCUGGAGCUGGAGGCCUACACGAAGAAGCACAAGUUCCGGAUGGACUCCACCAACUCCAUGAGGUUCCUCAACAAGGCCGCCGUGAAGGACGUCGUCGGCGGGUCAUCGUCGGCGGCGGCGAAGUGGAGCCUGUGCACGGUGACGGAGGUGGAGGAGACGAAGCAGAUCAUGAAGCUGAUCCCUCUGCUGGUGACCAUGUUCGUGCCGUGCACGCUGAUCGCGCAGACCAACACCCUGUUCGUGAAGCAGGGCACGACCAUGAACCGGCACAUGGGCGCGGGCAGCUUCGAGAUCCCGCCGGCCAGCCUCGGCGCGUUCGUGACGCUCACCAUGCUCGUGGCCAUCGUGGUGUACGACCGGGUCUUCGUCAAGGCGGUGCGGAGGCACACCAAGAACCCGAGAGGGAUCAGCCUGCUGACGCGGAUGGGCAUCGGGCUGCUGGUGCAGGUGCUGACGAUGGGCACGGCGUCGCUGAUCGAGAGCCAGCGGCUGAGCUACGCGCGGAGCCACGGGCUGCAGACCGGCGGCAAGCUCCGGCUGAGCAUCUUCGUGCUGCUGCCGCAGUUCGUGCUGAUGGGCCUGGCGGACGCGUUCCUGGUGGUGGGCAAGAUCGAGUUCUUCUACGACCAGGCGCCCGAGAGCAUGAAGAGCCUGGGCACGGCGCUGUCGCUGACGGCGUACGGCGUCGGCAACGUCCUCAGCAGCUUCAUCCUGUCGGUGGUGACAAGGGUGACGGGCAGGCGGGGGAGCCCCUGGGUGGCCGACAACCUCAACGCCGCGCACCUCGACUACUACUACGCCUUCCUCACGCUGCUCGCCGCCGCCAACUGCGUCGUCUUCGCCGUGCUCGCCCACCGCUACAAGUACAGGGCCGAGUCCACCGACACCAUCGACGUCGACAUGGACGUGCAGGCGAAGCGGGAGGCUGCCAAGAAGAUUCAUUCCGAACCAAUGGCUUAAUUACACACUUUCUUGUACUGCUACACAAUUUACUACUACUCCGAGCCAAUGGCUUAGUUAGCCUCUUCUGUAGUACUACUACAGUACACACGUACUAUAAACACACGUACAGUAUCAGCCUACAAGAUUGCAGCUAUAUCUAUAUACGCGACGACCUUUUCGUACAGUA